AUGGCCGAAAAGGUAGUCCAAGCUGACCAAGCUCCCGUUGCAGGAGAGCCUUGCUCUACUGAGAAGAAUCUUAUCAACUACGGCGCUCCGAAUGUCCCUUUUUACACGCCCAUUCAGGAUCCUCCUGCAGGAACCCCUUGGGAUUUGCAGCCGGAAGGCUCCCUCUUCUCACCCCUGAAGAUCAACGGAAUUGAGCUUCAAAACCGCAUUAUCGUCUCUCCAAUGUGCCAAUACUCCGCAAGAGACAGGUUUAUAACCAUAUGGCAUCAUGUCCACCUCGGGAGUUUUGCUUCUCGAGGAGCAGGCCUAGUCCUGACAGAAGCCACCGCUGUCUCGCCUGAAGGGCGCAUCUCACCCCAAGAUGUCGGCCUUUGGGACGACGGACACAUUGCACCAUUGAAGCAAAUUGUUGACUUCGCCCACAGCCAGGGCGUGAAGUUCGGCGUGCAGCUAGCCCAUGCUGGACGGAAGGCAAGCACUGUCGCGCCAUGGAUUGACCGAAAAGCCGCAGCGCGUGACUAUUCGGAAGGAUGGCCAAGUACCGUCGUUGCUCCAUCCCCAGAGGCCUAUAACGCGCAGACGAUCGUGCCGAAGGAAGCAACUAAAGAGGAUAUCGAGAAGUUCAAGAAGGAUUGGGUCGCUGCCGUCCGGCGUGCUUUGAAGGCUGGUGUAGAUGUAAACGGCUACCUCCUAAACGAAUUCCUCUCCCCAUGCUCCAACAAGCGCACCGACGAAUACGGCGGCUCCUUCACCAACCGCAUCCGCCUCUUCCUCGAGGUCGUCGACCUGCUCAAAGCCGAAGUCCCCAGCACCUUCCCCAUCUUCUGCCGGAUCCCCGCGACGGACUACCUAGAGCACGACCCCAGCCUGCCGCAGUGGACCCUCGACGACGCCGCCAACCUCGCCAAGGCGCUUGCCGACCGCGGCGUGCACUUCCUCGACGUGUCGGCCGGCGGCACCGACGCGCGCCAGAAAAUCGUCGCCAGCCCCGGCUACCAGGUGCCCCACGCAGAAGCGAUCAAGAAGGCGGUUGCCGGCACGGGCACGCUUGUGGGUACCGUAGGCGAGAUCACGUCAGGGAAGCAGGCCCAGGCCAUCCUAGACGCGAAGUCCGCGGACGCUGUUAUUGUAGGGCGCGCGUUCCUAAAGGAUCCGGAUCUGGUGUGGCACUGGGCCGACGAGCUGGAUGUGGAUAUCCAUGUGGCUAGUCAAUAUGGUUGGGGCUUUGGCAUGACGAGGCAUCAUAGACACAGGCGGCACUGA